CACCCUCACAAACAGCCGUUCCCCCUCCUGUUUAUACGCUCCGUCCUUCUCCAGACUGACCCAUCCCAACUCCCCAUAGCUCCGCGCUGCAUUCCCGCACAUCCCCGUCACCCCGACGUAGGGAGGAGCCCAACAGCGCCGUUAUCGCUCAGGACGUGCAGAAAUAACAGCAGAUAAAACUUGCUGCGCUCUGCUCCUUCCGCGAUACUCCGAGCUACGGCGGCUCAGCGACCUCCCCCGGGGCAGCUCCGCUCACCGCCCCAACCCCGGGCACGCUGCCCUCCGUCCCCCGGCUCCGCCCCGUGCGGGAGGUCGGCAGUGCCCGGAGCGGCAGCGGGUCCAGGCGGGGCUCUGGAGCCGCGUGUGCCGCCCCGCCGCCAUGGAGGCGCUGGCGCGGGGGCGGCGGGGGCUGCGGGAACCGGAGCCGGGAGAACCGGAGCGUAAGCGAGUGUGCAAGCACUUAGAAGCUGUUCCAAAUGAGGUCGAUGCUCGCCUCAUUGACUGUGCUAUGGAGCUGGAUUCUAAACAGAAAGUCUCCUCUGGCUGUGGUCCUUGGGCUACAAAGACAAAGCAAAGCUCUAUGAUUUUUGAAAACCAAGGAAGCAGAAGUACUGCCCAGCCUUGCCCAAGAUGUAUUGCUGGAGAAUCUGGACACUUCAGUCACAUCCUGGGCUGCUAGAGAUCGACAGACUGCAGAUAAGCAGUGCUGCUUCCCCUGUUGGAGUCUGGAAAUGCACCUGUGAGCAGCGUACAGCUGGAGUACGUUCACUCGUGGCAAACAUUCAGCAUGCUGCUCUAUGCGUUACUCCUCCAUCACGCAGUUGGAUGCCACUGUUUUUACACUUGAAAAAAUGCCUUUGUACUUAAGGUAUCUCACAUGUAUGAAAGAAUAUGUUUUUGAUUUAACUUUUUGGAGCAGUUAAGCUGAUUUGGCCUUUGGCCCAGUCUUCACCUGGCACUGGACCAAAGGCCAUGCUGACAAAAGGUUUUUCACUGUCUCACUUAGGCACUUUCUCUGAUGCUCAUGAAGGUUGUCCUUGUGUUCACAUUGGUACUGGGCCUGCCUUUUGGCUCAAUUGUACAUAAGCAGGAAGAAAUGGGAGGACUCUUCAGCUCUAGAUAGAGAGCUGAUCAGCUUGACAGCUGUGUAAAGGCCAGUGAAAACCCUACUGAAACUUAUUUUGUUGUAAAAUCCAGAAUAUGCAUCCAUUUCAGGUAUCUUUUCUACAUGUCAAACUCUAACUCGAUUUACAAGAAGCACAGUUUGUGAAUGUGACAGAUAACUAUCUGAAAGAAAAAAAUCAGUGUUAUUUGAACAACAUUAUGAUGCAAAGGUGAGCGGUGCUUCAGAUCUACGCAGUCCUCUCAAAUUGCUGAAGAUACCAUCUGAUGCUCUGGGAUUCCUUUCUUUCCAACUGUUGUGAUACUAGAACAGGUCUGUUUCAGCUUGUUACCCAACUUGAUCUUAUUGGCUUGCCACAAAUAAUUUAAUCAACAUUUGGGCAGUCUGCAAUCCUAUGUAAUUUUUGAACACCUGCAGGUUUUAAACUUUUAAGGCAUCCAAGUUGUGUUAUUUGGAUGUGACACUUCAGUGGCUGCUCUGGAAUGGAGCUGGCUGCUGUCCAGAACAGAAUAGCAGUAUGCUUACCUUAUGCAUUGGAUAGAAAUUGCUGUGACCUGCCAAAGCUCAGGAAGAAAGCAAUCUCCACUGACAGGACAAGUGUCCCCUGUUUCCAUGGAGCCUUUGGGCAGGGUUCAGCCCACCAGCAGCAAGGCAGGCAGAACAGCUUCCAGCCUCUCCUGCUCUGAGGGCAGUUCUCAGUGUAGAUUAAAAUGGUAGCUCUGGAGUUGCAAAAGUCUCAUAACAAGUCUUUAAAGGUCACUAUCCCAGUGGUGUUUAUCACAACGUAAAAUUCUUAGAGAAAUCUUAUCAUAGUCCUAGAACACUUCCCAUAUCGUGUGUGGAGCUGUAGCUGUAGUGUGAGCACUGAGUUGACUUUUAUUAACAAGAUAUUCUUCCUAAGUAGAUGAAUAUCAUAUGAAUACUGAAUUCAGUUAAGUGACAGGUGGGGAGAUAAGUUUAUUAAGCAGAGCUGCACUAAACUGACACCCAGAAAGUUUAGUUAGGAAAGAAUAGAUAUCCUCCAAUCCCAUACGAAUUUUAGAUCCCUUGGAAAUGAAUCAUUGCAAAGUGGGAUUGGACUGGAUGAUCUCCGGAGGUUCCCUGACCCCUGUGAUUCUGUGGUUCUUCCAGUUGUUUCAAACACCCCACAGUUUCCUUCAGUGACAUACAGUCUGCUCAAAGAUCAGAUCACUGAGAGAAUCACAAUGGUUGUGUUACUUUGAAGGUAAGAAAUUCAACUUGAGCUCUCUAGCUCCCAGUACAGGUUGAUACAAGCAAUAGUGUCUAUUCAAGCUAGAAAGGAACAUAUGCUCAGUUGAAAUGAUAGCAGUGCAUGAGCAAAUUCCCAUAUCCUUAUAAUAGAGUUUAUCAACUAGUGCAAAAUAGUAAAGUAAACUGGUUUCUAAACACACUGUUUGCUCUGCAACUGCAUAUUUGUUACUGGGUAGCUAGGCUGUAUUUUGUGGGCAGUUCAUUUUUACAAGAGUUUCCAAUUGUUUUUUAGCCAUGUCAGCCAAGAGAAAAGAUGGCUGAGCUUCAGUUUCUGUGCUGUAAAAACUGAAAUAGUUACUUUGAAUGUGGAAGGCUGAAAGGUAUCUAAAAGUUUAGUCACUGCAAAAUGACUCAGAACUUAUUGGGUGUCACUGAGUUCAAUGCUUGAAAGCAGCUGUUAGCAGAACAGUAUGCAGUCAAAAUUUAAGGUGUCUUAAGAAGAGAAAUGACACUUGGACUUGUUCAUGGAGAAGUUUUCUGCUAGAAUAUAUUGGACCAAAGCAGCACCAUAAUGCUUUUAAUGCACAGGCAAUACACUAUGAACCAUCAGACCGAGAGGAUGAUUUCCCAUUUAAAUAGAUAGCAGUGCAUAUAUUUCUUCUGUUAGCUGAAAACCUGACUGUAUUUUAGUCAAUAGAAUGCAGUCAGAAUGAGAAGUCUUUACAAUCCAUGUAGCUCCUAUCAUGCUCUUUCCAAUCCUUCUCCUUUCAGAGUAACCACUACUUGGUUGUUGUAAGGUGCCACCAUACAUAACUCACAGGAUUGGUCAUAGUUCCUCCUGGCUGCAUUACAGAGCCCUGAUGAAGUCAUACUCUGUUCGAUUUUAAUGUAAUUUUCUCCUAUCAGUCUUCUCAUCAUUACUGUGCACUGUGCAGGUAUUUUAUUACACUGUCCACAGUGACUCUCAGCUCUGUCCUUGCAGAUUACUGCAUCUCUACAGCUCAAGAAAAUAGGAGAACUUUGUACUAUUUUUAACCUGCAGUGUGAACACGGUUACCUUCUUUGCACUGUUCAAAAUGUAGCGCUGCAUUUUGUAUCAGAUCUAAUUGAUGAGUAGUUCUGUUAUUCGUGUGUAUACUUCAAAUAUCUAAAUGCUAUAGAAACAGGAGUAAAAUUGUCCCAGGUCGGGUCUUUAUCUAACUGCAGCCUUUUGCAUUCCCCAGGAACACAAUACAGGGUAUGUCAGAGCAAUUCUAUGGCCAUAAGAGGGCUGGAUGGGCUGGGAGCAGCCGGCAUCUGUGUGCCCAACAGCAGGUGGGGAAAGGCUGAGAAAAGGACAGGCAUUGAAUGGGAACACUUCUUACAACAGGGAGAACAGUAUUUGAUAACAUGUUUUGUUCUGGGAAACCCUUUUUUUUAUCUCACAGCUCAGACUUGACCACCACAAAUCACAAUUACUGAACUACUGAUAGUUUCCAGCAGUAUUUUUGCCUUCAUACUUAAUACAAAAACGUAUUGGGCAUCAGGAGAGCGUCAUACCUGAGUUUUCCUUCUUAAGUAAACGUUGGCUUCGUCACUAUUUAAGAAGCAUUUCUAGUGUGACUGCAGUUCAGGUGUGUGUGUGCUCCUGCUUGAUUAGCAGAGAGUAGAGAUACUCUGUCCAGUUUUGAUAGCAGCUCCCUCCUUUUUGGUAGUCCUCGAGUUGGCUUGGAGUUAAAACAUAAACCAACAAGAAACCACUUUCUGCACAAACUUCACAGUGAAUCCUAUGGAAGGAUGUGAUUGCUUGCCCCAUGCCUUGUAAUGGACUAGAUGCAUUUAUACAUCAGCCAUGGCACAAAUGAGUUGCAGCUGAAAUAGUUCAGCAUAGUGAAGACUUGCUGUUUGAUUCAAUAGACGUGCUGUAUUUGCAAUCUGCCUCAAGAUUUGCUCAGGCAGAAUCAUGGAGUGCUGCAGCAGGUGCAGCUGAGGGCCGUGCAGCUGGGGAUGGUGAAUGUUCCCUUAAAGCAGAUGGGUGUCAGAUCUGCAGCAGAACCUCAGCACUACUUUUGUAGGACUUUUCUUCACCUUGUACAACUAUGCUAUUUUGGUUUGUUGAUAAAUACGAUUCUUUAUCUUUCUUAAUGCUGUGGUUUGUACACAAAAUAACCUAAAAUAUACUUUAUUUAGGUGUAUAUAGUGAAGCAUACAAUCAGUUUUUAAUUCAGAUGAAAAUGAUACAAUAUUUUUAACUUUGUAUUUUAUAAGUUGUUGCAAAAGCAGAAGCAUUAAACCCACCUUUGGCUACAGUA